CUAUCAGCUUGAGUGAUAUUUUUAUAUAUUUUUUUGUAAACAUUAAUUAUGGCCGCAGCCUCAUUCGGAGUUUAUUUAGGAAAUACAUCAGCCUGUCUCGCUAUUUAUAAAGAUGAAAAUGUCGACGUCGUUGCCAAUCAUGCUGGAGAUCGUGUUACUGCUGCUGUCAUUGCCUUCAACGAAUCUGAAAAGGUAAUUGGAGCAGCUGCAAAAGCUGGACAAUUCAGAAACGCAGCAAUCACAAUAACAAACAACAAACGGUUGAUGAACAAAGAAAUCGAUAGCAAAGAAUUAGACGAUGCCAUUAAAAAUAGUACAAGUAAAAUAAUAAAUGAAUCAAGUCUUCAGUAUUCUAUUAAGAUAAACGAUAAAAAUGAAACAUUCACACCACAAAAAAUAUCAUCGCUGCUACUGGGUGCGAUGUAUGACAUAUCAACGACCGCUGCUCAUGACGAUGAUGAGCACAACAUUGUCCUCUGCGUUCCUUAUAGAUUUAAUUCUGAUAGUAUAAAAGCUUGGUGUGAUUCAGCUACCACUGCCGGGUUCAAAGUUCUUCAAGCUAUUGGUGAACCAGUCGCUUCAUGUCUUGCUCAUGGAAUUGGCAAAGACAAAAAGAAAAAUGAAUUGGUAUUAGUCUACAGAAUUGGCGGCGUUUCAAGUAACAUAAGUCUGGUAAAAGUAACAAGUGGUUCAUUAAAAGUAUUGUCAGAUCAAUAUUACCCAGAAUUAGGCGGCCAUAAAUUGACUGAUUUACUCACAUCAUAUUUAGCUGAAGAAUUUAGGAAUAAAUACAAAAUAGAUCCAAGUGAGAGCAGACGUUCAAUAGCUAAAUUGAAAAACGAAGCUGAAAAAUGUAAACACGUUUUAUCAACGAUGUCUACCGCUCACUGUUUCGUUGAGUCACUUUGCGAAGGUGUUGACUUCAGUCACAAUAUUACACGUGCGAGAUUCGAAAAUCUCAUUGGUUCGCAUAUUUCUGAUUAUAUCCAGCCGAUUAUGGAUUUAUUGAACGCUUCAUCUAAAACAGUACUCGAUAUCAAUACGAUAAUUUUGUGCGGUGGCACCAUGAAAAUCCCAAAGCUUCAAGAAAAAAUAGGAUCAAUAUUCCCGACCGGCGAGGUCUUGUCGAGCAGGUGGAGCCCUGAUGAGACAAUGGCCGUUGGUGCUGCUAUUCACUCUUCUCAUUUGCUGGCUCACGGGAUGCACGAUCGUGAAUUGAAUUCAACUGACGUUGAAAUUCACUCAUUAGCUAAAUCAAUUUCUGUUGAAUUCAGUGGCAUUGAGAGUAUUGUUAUUCCUAAAGAUACAGUAGUGCCAAUUAAAAUUCAAACUACCAUUGACGUACCAAAUAUAGCUGACGGUAAAAUAUCAAUAAAUGUUUUUGAAACUGAAGAAAACGGUAAUGAGGUUACUAAAAAAAUUGGAUUGAUUUCAUAUCAUUUAAAAGCUCCAGGAAAACUAAAAGUCGAUACCGAUUUGACAGAAGCUAAUUUAAAUAUUCAUAUAACUGACUUAACUUCCAACGAUAAAUCUAUAUUCCGAUUUCCAAUUCACGAAGACGAUUUAUAAUAAACCAUCAUCAUUUGUAAAUAUA